ACAGAUGAUUUGAAGAGCCGACAAAGUUGGUGUGAUUUUCUAUGUAUAGAUGGUGUGGAAUUGAACUUGUUCAGGGUUAAUUGUUUAGAUCGUCGUUAAUUGCGGAUUAAGACCGUUUAAUAGUUUUUGCUAUUUAUCCCAUCCGCCUGGGUUUGAUGAAUGAAUCACGCGCGACCCCCUGAUUUGGAACAAUGGACUCGUCCACUACUCAUUGAGAAAGAGAAGGGUGGGUGUGUAGAGAGCGAGGGAGUAGCGCACUGCAUCCAACCAAGCAUCAAUAUCCCAAGGACCAUCAUUUGAUGAAGAUCCUAAAAACGAAGUGCGUGUGCUCCUCAACUCAUAAUCAACAUCAUCUACUUUUGGAAUAUAAUAGUACACUUUAUUUUACCUCAUCUUUAUACCCUGACGAGAUGGAGAUACAUCGAAAGGAUUAAUAGAUAACGAUUAGGUUGAAUCAAUGGAUUUGUACUGAAUCUUCACAUCACAAACUGUCUUAUUGUUGGAUGGAUGCAUUUAUAUUUCCGAGCAUCAUUGGAUAUGUCAGGUUCUGUCAGCGUAGCAAUAACUGGACAAGAAGGAACAAAUAGAAAAUGAAUUGAUUAUCUGGAGUAACCAGUCAAAAUACAACGUCUUCCGCCAUCUCCUUGUACGCAGUUCUAAGCAUAGCUUAGUGUUUUUCUACUUCAUCAGUCUGUCGUCUGCUAAUUUGACGUAUCACCAUGACACCACUAAGGAUUUUCCUGCCUCUUUUGAUUCAAAUUUCCUUUCUUAUGAUGUCGGUCGACUCAGCGAGCGACUUAUUUUACUAUGUUGACGAGGAGGUCGUGCCCGGGACCGUCAUUGGGAACGUAGCUGACGACCUCGCGAUUACUGUUGAUGAUUCUACCGAGUUCUCUCUGUUAGGCGUGCCCAACGAGACGAUGUAUGUCUCGCUAGACCCGCAAACUGGCGAACUGACAACAGUCCUUGAACUGGAUCGUGAGGCACUGUGUCCAGGUUCAUCAGCUCCCUGUCAAAUCGAAAUCAGUGCCAUCGAAUUGGGAACCAGGGAGGUGAUCACCAUCAGAGUUACCAUCAACGACACCAACGAUCACGCUCCGGAAUUCGACAAUGCCGUCACCAAUAUUAAUAUCCCAGAAUCCGUCGCUCCCGGAACGAGGUUCCCACUGUCUGGGGCAAACGAUGAAGACACUGGAAAUAAUGGCAUUCAGGGAUACCGCCUCUCUGGUGAAUACGCUGAUAUCUUUGGACUUGUGCAGAACGAGUACCCUGGAGGACUGAUUAUCAUCCAGCUGGAAGUCCUACAGAAUCUUGACCGGGAGAAUAAAGACAACUAUCAGAUGACUCUCAUUGCCGAUGAUGGUGGUGAUUCUCCUCAAUCAGGGGGCACCAUUCUAAACGUCACCGUACUCGAUUCGGAUGACCAUUCGCCUGUUUUUGAUAGGGCCUCAUAUGAGGUAUCUGUCGAUGAGGACAUUGGUGUGGGACAACAAAUCAUCCAGGUCCGUGCUUCCGACCCGGACACCGGUACGAACGGCCAAAUUAUCUAUGACUUUGGCGGCAGCGUAUCGGCAAAGAUCCGAGAGCUGUUUGAGAUUGAUUCAGAAUCGGGCUGGCUCUUAGUUAAGAGUGAUCUUGAUUUUGAAGAUGAAGCUUCUCAUCAGGUAUCCGUUCGUGCAACGAACAACGUCCCAAACCCACUUCCUGAUUUCACGACAGUGACUGUUAAUCUAAAUGAUGUCAAUGACAACAAGCCUCGCAUGACCAUAUCAGCUAUUGAUGGAGUCAUUUCUGGAGGACGAUUCAAGCACAUUCUAGAAAACUCUCCAGAGGGUACAGACCUCGCGUUUAUUCGUGUCACUGAUGUAGAUACAGGAGACAAUGGUCGAGCAAGAUUAACAAUAGAAGACGAUUUUGAGCGUUUUAGAUUAGAACAAAUCACAGAAGGACAGUAUUUUCUCCAGACGGCAGCUGAAUUAGAUCGUGAAGACAUUGACUUUUACAAUAUCACCAUUCUCGCUGAAGAUCGAGGGUCCCCUGUACUAUCCUCACGGAAACGGUUUGAAGUGUACAUUGAUGACGAGAACGAUAACUUUCCCGAAUUCUCGUCAGCUGAAUAUCACGCGACGAUCAGUGAAAACAACGAACCUGGCCACCGUGUUGCUACACUACAGGCAACAGACGAAGACGAGUUUGAGAAUGGCGAAGUUGUAUACAGCCUCGUAGAUGAUAGAGAUGGUGCAUUUGGGAUCCAUCCAACAAAUGGUGUCCUCACCGCUAAUGUGAGUCUUAAUAGAGAGAAUGGUCAAUACAUUGAGCUCAUGAUCAGGGCGUGUGACCGUGGACAACCCCAGAAGUGUAAAGACGUUCCUUUAACAGUCCGAGUUCUUGAUAUGAAUGACAAUGCUCCGACGUUUGGUGGAGAGUUGAUCGAGCUAAGAAUAGAUGAAAAUCAACCUAGUGGUACUUUGGUUGGUCGUGCCAUAGCUACAGAUGCUGACGAAGGAGACAAUAGUCGAUUGAGGUACAGUAUCUUGACUGAUGCUGUAUUCAGGAUUGAUGAAGACAACGGAAGGAUCUUUUCAACAGCAGAACUCGAUCGGGAGAUUCAAGAACUUUAUCAUUUCACAGUACGUGCUGUCGACAACGGACUGUCCCCAAAAACAGCUACUGCCACGGUAGUCGUAACCGUCAAUGAUGUUAACGAUCACAGUCCAGAAUUCAUCUUACCCUCGGCAAAUGAUGAUAUUCGAUUCAUUCCAGUUUCUGCAGAACCUGGUCUCCACAUUAUGACGGUUGAGAGUGAAGAUAAAGAUAAAGACGAGAAUGCUGUUGUCUCGUAUGCAAUUAGUCAUGGAAACACUAAUGGUGCGUUUGGUAUCCAAGCCAAUGGACAGGUUGUGACGGCCCAAUAUCUUGAGCCAAUGUGGGAAGGUGUCCAUGACAUUACAAUACGUGCUACUGAUGGCGGCAGUCCUUCUUCAUCAUCCACAGCCGUUCUUCGCGUUGUCAUAGCAAAUGAAGACUUUAAGCGAUCCCUUCCACCUGCAAACUUUACAUCCUUAUUCAACCUUACAAUUGACUAUUACUUAUCAGUCAACAAUGGAGCAAGCAGUCGCGGUAUUCUCAACGACUGGCCUAUGAUAGUCAUCAUAUCACUGGCCGGGAGCGCCGUCAUCCUCGUCAUUGUCUUUCUCCUCGUCGCUGCCCGAUGUCGAACAAAGAACCGUGAACAAGGCAAGUACAUUGUACCAUCGGGAGAAGAGCUCUUCGCGUCACGGCAGGCAGCAAAGCCCGCCGACAUCGGGGGCAAGAUGUCCGAUACAGACUCGGGGCUGACAUCGACAUCGGCGUCGAAUGCAUCUACCAUUCAAUCGAAGAAUAUUCGAAAAUGGCGGGCACAGCAGGAGAGGGAUCGUGAUUCGAUGGGUUCAUCUAACCCUGGGUCAACUACUAACCUUGGUACACUACCACCUGGGAUCACCGGAGCAGCGAACGUGGACAUGAGACUGGGUAACAGGCAGAUGAGCACGUUUGGUAGCAACUCUGAUCUUCAUUCAGAAAGCAUCGCAUCUAUGACGUCAGCCAGAAGGACGCCAGACCCUGAUGUAGAGGUCCAGCGUCUUCUUCGUAAGCUCCGUCGUGACAGCGAGGAUCGUAACUCAGAAGGGGGCAGUGGUAGUAGCUACGACAGUGGACAUGGUGGAGACCGAGAAAUUGAGCGGGAAAAUGGAUAUAGAGGAAAUUUAUCUUCAGCUGAUGGGAGCUCCAGGCGGUCAGCGUCUUACCCGCGUAUCGCAGCUCUGGCAGCACAGAAUAUCAGCAAUAGCCAAACUCCUUCUGGAAGCCACCGUCAUAGCUACAUGGCUAGCCCUCACUGCACACCAGAAUGUAGGACACUUGGUCACUCCGAUGAAUGUUGGAUGCCAAGCCCAUCAUCUAUCACCAAGCCAAAGACUGUCCAAUUCUCAAAGCAUGAUGAUAACCGAUCAUCAGGCGGUAGCUACCGCAGCUAUCAAUCUAACACAGACCGCCCUCCUGCAACAAGCCCCAAGCCACCCAACCCUGCCAUUGCCUUCGGGAAUGUCUCGAAGGUUACUCCGAACCAUAAACCAAUCCCCAAAGGCUCGACCAACCCUGGACUGGGGCAGCAACCGCCUACAACGAGAGAUCACAACAAUUACUAUGGCAACAUCCCUGCGGUCAUCGUAGACGAUGAACGUAACGGGAACGCACUGCCCUUAACUCCGAUUAGAGAGCAUCCAUCUGAGAGAAGAAGUUCGCAAGACGCUCCUAGCCUCGUCGUAACCAAACCUUCUCCGGAUAAAUACAGAAAUAAUAAUGACGCUCUAAACGGUGACGUCAGAUACCGCAAUGACCUUAAUAGGGGACAUAUAAACGGGGUAAACCCUUUGCAUAGAAACAGUAUGAACGGUAGCAUACCGAACGGUGGUACCCCAAAUGGCGUCCUACCAAAUGGCAUGCAGAAUGGUAGGAGUAAUAGCAGGAACUCUAGUGGUGAUAGUCAUAACUCCAGCUCGGAUAGUGUUGGAACGUACUCGAGUUCGUCGGCUGCGAGCAACGAAAUGACACCAGUUCGUUACUCGCCUGACGAGGUCGAGGCCGUCCUCGAAAAAUGUGGAGGAGAUCGAUCAGGAGGGGUAUCAGCAGACGGCGAGAGGAUGUACACAGAUUGGGUAUAACACGUGAUCUGGGCCCAAAGCCCAUCGUCAUCACCUGACUCUUACAUCACGUGAUCAUGAACACGUGACGAUAUCAUCCCUCCACGUUAUGUGACGUUUCCCCACGAUUAUGUGCAAAUAUUACUUAUUUUCAUGCCAACGAGAUUUGUAAAUAUCUAUUAUUUAUGAAGUAAAUAUUGUAAAGAAUAAUUUAUGAUGUUUGAUGGUGAAUUUGUUGUUAUUAUGCAAGGGUUUUUGACCGCAUUCGUGCCUUUGCUCUGAGUCUAAAAUUUUCGUUUUAGAUUUUAUUUAGAAUUCAAACAGGAAAAAAAAAGGUUACUUAGCAGAGCAAACAUUAAAAUUACAUACAUGGUAUAUUUACCUCACAUUUACAUUCUUGAAAAUAGACCAUAAAAUAUAAAGCCCUUUCCUGAAAUAUAUAAGCUAUCUUCUUCUUCGUGAAUGUAAGAUGCUAACCAUGCUAACUGCUACCUGGUUUGGGUAAAAUUAUAGAUUACAAUAUCAGUUACACCUUUGGAAAUUCUCAUAUUAUAAAUUAUUAUCUCUAGCUUAAAUUUAUAUACCUAUUCUAUUUCUAAUUAUGCUUUUGACAAGAACUGUUUAUUUCAGUUCGACUGCAAGAAGCAUGUAUAUUGAAUUGUGUUCUAUGCGUAGUUGUGACAUAGUCGCACCGCCCUGUGUGUGUUACGUAUAUAGAAGUACUAAUGUAGUCAGAUUGUAACUGUGCUGUAAAUAUAAAUAGAAACUCUUCAUGUAUUAUUAGAUAAUCAAAUUAUCUAUCUUAUUGGAUACUCAAUGAGUGAUUUAUAAAUGAAUCGUGUUUAGAGCAAUAACAUUAGAAAUACAAUAUGAGCUGAAAUCAAUCAAUAUUAAAGAAAAUCGGUAGCACAGAAGUAACAUUUUAAGGUUAUUUUGAUAUCUAACUACCUUUCAUUUUUUGAAAAAUAUGAUACAAUAUUAUUGAAAACAUAGCCAUUCUAGAUUUAUUAAUUUAUUUGCUUAUUUAAGUGUUAGAAAUUGUGAAAUCGACUUCCCCUCCAACGUGAUUGUGAUAUGACUAUUUUAUUGUCUAAAAACGAGCGCACGGUAAACCCUAUUGCAUUGGGACUAUAAACAUAAAUCUCAGAAGUAUUUCAAGCAAGUCUCUUGACACUAACAAUGGAAUGAGAUCUUACUUUAACCAAAGAAGCAAAUUCAUUUUAAUAACUUAAUAUGUUACCCGAAAACCAGUCGUCAGAAUGACGGACGGUUCCUGUUAGAAAUUAUUAUCAUUCUUUAUGAUUUUGUUUACUACAUAGAAUUUUUAGCAAUAUUACGUUGUAUUCACCUAAUUGUAUUCCUCUUUUAGAUUUGUCUUCUUACUGCUACCGUAGUCAUAUUUCUUGUGACCAUUUAGAAUAAAUUUUAUAUGGUGACAUCUAUCUUCCUAUUUUACUGCGUAGUUUGACAAUCAAUCAUUGCACUUAUCUAACACUCUCUCAGAAUUGUGUAAACCAACAUUUGAUUCAAAUAUGAACCUAUCAUUGUUGGUUAAAACAAAAUGCAUGCAAUAUGGAUUGAGAUUUUUUAACCAACAGUUGGUCAGUUCUUUUUUUAACCAAUUUGGGGUUGGUUAAAAAUCUGAGAGUCUAAUAUUUUUCUUUCUUUGUUGUAGAAUUGUUUCCUUGGUGACUGGGAAGCCAAUUCAAAAUGAAUUGCACCUGACAAUCUUAAAAAUGGUCACAAUUAUCAAAUGAUUAGAAAACGAGUCAAAGGACGAAUAAUGAUUAAAAUGCACGUCCGACAACAUUUGAAUUUAUAUUUACAUAUUCUCAGACAGCACACGAUUUAUUGUGCAUCAUUGAUAUCCUUUCCAAAAGAAAGAAAGAAAAAAAAAACUUUGUAUCUCAUUAAGUUCGAAUGCAUUUACUGAGUAAAAUCUUAUACUUCAUCGUCUCUAUCUAUUGUCGGAGUUAAUUCAUUUUUAGUUCAUCUUCAAUAUUAUUUUACCAAUUCUUGUGUGCUUGAACCUCUAAAAUGGAGAAAAAAUCUGGUGAAGCAGUGGCCAUCCGUAGUCGUAGAUGGGGGUAAAUCUGUUACACACUUUGGUUAGAGUGAGUAUAGGCCCCUUCAUGUUCGAAUUUGAAAAGUCUCAAAUCUGGACAAUAUUUUAGUUGUGCAUUUUUAUCUUUUCUCCUCGGAGCUUUGUUUUGCUAUUCAUUUGAAUUGUUGACCAAUGUUAUCUUUUGUAGCAUAGUUGUAUUAUUUUCAUUAGUUUCAUUCUUUGUACCUAAUGUUUUUCGUAUCAAUAUUUGUAUUUCUUAUUCAUAUUUAGCUAGGAUUGGUAAACUAACCAUUACUGCAAUACAUGCUGUUAUUACCAUGAAACUAGUUCACUAAUUUAUUUUGCUAUGGCUGUUCUACAAACCAAACUAUACUUUGUUUUAUUCCAUGGUUUUGAAUGCAAAGAAAAUUUAAGUUUUGCCAUUAAAGACGAUUUCAGACGCUAUCACCAACGGGUGGUGAUCAGUAACAUGUCAUUAUCGAGACGUCUUACCCAUAGCGGGAACUUUAUCACGUAUGGCAGUAGAUCGUCAGUGGCAAUCAGUCACAACCUACUCGUCAUAAAGGAGCAUUCAGAUAUGCAAUGUAUUGCCAAAGGUGAUUGAUAACAUAACCCAUCGCCGUUGAUGAUGGUGUCUGAAACUGCUUUUGAUGUCAAUACUUAAAUACAGGGAAUGGGGUUAAUGCUAAUAAUAUGACCUAAGCGAAGUCAUCAUCUUGUACAAACCAUUUCAAUAAUGAAUUCGCAGCUUGGUAUAGAUGCGUAUUUUAAUCAAAGUCGAAAACAAUUCAAUAGAUACAUAAUUUUAUUCUUUGUUUGCUCGACCUAAGUGCCUUUUGAUACUGGUGAUUUUUCUCCUUUCGAACAAUGAUAUUUACACCAGUAUUAUAUCCCAUAUCUUUUAGAAAGACUGAGUUAUUAAGUAUUAUUUUGUGAUCAUGCUUGCCGUAGAGUUAUUGUAAGUGAGCUGAAUUGUGCUAGGUGAUUAGUUGUGAUUUGCAUUGAAUAGUUGUAUAUAAUAAUAUUGUUGAGUAUGUUAAAACAAGCUACGCCUAUAUUUAUACGAAUCAAAACAUCAGAGACGUUGAUUUUUUUUGCACUACUAGAAAGUUGGACGUUGUCAUUCCUGAUCAAAUACUUUCAAACAAUAGGAUUGAUCCACAUGCUCAAUGCGACUUUCAUGUUUGAAUGAAUUUUCGAUAAUUUGAAUCAAGAAUCUCUCUCGGGAAAUGUUUUGUUCAAGAGAGAUCAAAUCGAUUUAUACCCUUUGCUUGAUGUUUGUGAUAAUUGCAGCUAUACAUGUAUUUAAUUUCAUAUUUUGUCAUAAUUCGUAUUUGUAUAUUAUGUACAUUGUAAUAAAAUUAUACCGUGAAAAUGUCAA